AUGUUAGAUUUGCGAGACCCGGAUAACUUUUCGAUGUACACUUUCAACGACCACUCCGCCUACGGUGCGAUUGAACUCGUACAGAAUAUGAUGCUCGAUUUCGAGGAAGCCUCAGGCAAAUGGCAGCAGCAGUGGGCCGUGAUCGAAGCCCUAGCCUGGCUGCUUAGUGGUGACUUUCUUUCACCUAUGGUGAUGAUUGAUGAUGGGGAUCUUUUUCGAGAAACCACAAUCCUGCUUGAACAGAUGUUCCUCACCAUGCUCGCCGAGCUCGAGAAGGAAGGCCAAUUGGAGGCACACUCUGAUGUCCACAAUAUUGGUUUGAUAAUGGGGUUGAUCGCCGGUGAAGCCAACACUUUGCGGUCUGAUGGUUUCAUUAACAUUAAGAAUUCGAAAGCGAAGUCGUAUCACGGACAGAAUUUCAUCCCCUAUCUGCUCGCCUAUGCCAGCAAAGGCAAUAUCUCCUUGCGUGGACCGUCCAACAUCGACGAGAUAAUCGCCGAGGGUGAAGAAUUGUCAGAACAGGAGAACGUCGAACUCCCCACCGCCCAAAAAGACCCCUGGAAAUGGGGCACGGCUUUCAAGGUAUACAAAAGAAACGCAGUUGCCCCCUACGGUGGCCGUUCUAGGAUAGCCAUCGGUGGUGACUGUCUCGACAUCACCACCUAUUCUAGUGCAGAGCGGAAAAAAGCAAGUUUCACCAAGAAGGAUCCCAUUUCUGCAGACAUGAUCAAAAAGAUCAAAGAAGGAUUGGUCCUUUAA